AUGUCACCGCCGACACAAGACGAACCACAGCCGGUAGAUCCACAAACACCACAGCGCAACUCGACCGCCAAAUAUGCCAAUGCGGCAACACCAACAAAUAAACGGGCUUCGGCCCCGAUCGCUGCCACCCCGAAGAGCGCACCAGCCGCCGCCGGCAAUGCCUCGGCUAACAAGAAAAAGGUCGAGCCUAGCCUUUUGGGCGACUUCUUCCUCGGCCGUCAAUCACCGGCCCGCGUUGUUGCUCAGCGGGAGGCUAUGAAACAGCGGCGGAAAAGCAUGGCGGCAGAUGCGGCCAACGUGCGGGAGGAAUUGCGUCAGGAGAUGCGCGCGGCCGCCGUGCGGAGGAUACAGCAACCCGGGGGUGUGACGGACAGGGUGAAGGCAUGGCAGAAGGGAAAUGCGGCUGCCAUGAAGCAGCAAGGGGGUGUGAUGCCGGAACCGGACGACCUCGCCAGCGUACCAACCGAGGUUGGCGCACAUGUUCCCGCCGAGAGCGUAACGGAAUCGGACCGGCUGCGCAUCAGGAUGAGGCAGAAAUCGAAAAAGAAGAAGCCCAAUUCUGAUAAGGCCGAGGAUAAGGAGAACCAGGAUGCUGUGGCCAGCGACGAAACAGAACGAGAGAAGCCAACCCUCGCCACAUCGGGGACAUCGGCCAGCAAACCACCCGUGGUGGUCAAGCUGGCGCCGAAAAAAAGGAUUAUUGGGCCCAGAAGGGUGGAAAUCCCUGAACCUCCUCCGCCACCCAAGGUGAAGCAAUAUCGUCACAGGAAAUCUGGCGCGACGUUGACCGUCGAGGAAGACGCCCCGAGCGUAAUCGCAUCCGACCCGGGGAUAAGACCUACGCAAAAGCCCCCGGUCGAUGACGGCAUCCGAGUCAACCCGGUGAGGAUGAAGCCGGGAAAACCGAAACCUGACACCGAAGACGGCAUUCGGAUACCUCCCGUCCGGAAGAAGGAGCCCCUUGAUGAUGGCAUUCGGGUGCGGCCUAUCGAGACCAAGCUGCCAGACGACGGGAUCCGUGUUCGGCCGAUUGACAGCCCGCUCACAGCCGACGGUAUUCGAGUCCGACCAGGCCCCGAUGUGUCCGCCGACGACACACCUGUACGCCCUGCUUCCUCCGGGCCCACUCCGGCAGCAAGAAGCAGCAAGGCGCCAAGCGCACAACGCGCCCCGUCCCCAGGUUCAGAUGAUGUGAUCGAGGUCAUCGAGGAUCCGGAGACCGAGGUUGAGACACCCACCAAGAAAAAAGCCCCUCGGCGGCGACGCUCAAAGCGGCGAAACCGUAGUCCCAAUUUGCGGACCGUGGAACCUCCGGAGGAUCGACCCUCUGAGUCUGAGACCGCGCGCCAAAUUCCUUCACCAGUAGGCUCUGAUGGCGAGUCUGAUUUGGUACCUCCUACAGUUCUGGGGAACAAGUCACUAGCAGAUAUUCCUUUUGGGUACUCGGCGUUCAGUGAGCUUGACUUACCCCUGGGUGCCGAUGCACGCAACAGCACCGUCAAAAGGCCCAAAGCUCAACAACGAAACCCGAGCUUUAAAGCGAUGCCCAAGGUUUUUAAGAAGGUCGUAACGGGCGCCAAGGACAUCAUUCAAGAGAUGGCUGAGCCUCCGCGGCCCGUCGCGACCAACAAACCGCAGAGCAUUGAAUCUUGGCUGAACGGCACGGUUGAUCCAUUUGUGGAACCCAGUGCCAGUUCGCCAGUUUCGCAAGAACCCACCCACAAGGAGCCGGCCCCAAAGGAACCUGCUCGCAAAGAGCCCGUUCCUCAGGACUCUUCCCAUAAGGCGCCAGCCCCCCAAGAAGCCGCCCGCAAGGCUUCGGUUUCUCAGGAAUCCGCUCGCAAAGCGCCAGUUUCCAAAGAACCCACACGAAAUGUGCCAGCUCCCAAGGAACCCACACGAAAUGUGCCAGCCCCCAAGGAACCCACGCGAAGCGCGCCAGCCCUCAAGGAGCCCACACGGAACGCGCUGGCCGAGGACAGGAAACCCACUCCCGAAUCACCGGGGGCAGCGCUGGAGAGUCAUAAGCGGUCGACAUCAAGGCCCUCGUCGAGGCCGCCCUCGAGGCAGGCAUCCGAGGACCGAUCCAGAGAGACGGCUGACUCCACUCUCACGAAGAGCUCCGGUUCUCAGGACAAUACAGAGUCGCAAAGAGAGGAAGAUAGCGAUGCGACGCCCAAAAAGGCCAAGUCCCCCCCUGCUUCAUCGGCUGGGCUCAAGAGGAGACGGGCAACCAGGGGAGCUGCGCCUCCAGCAAAAACGGGCGGUAAAAAGCCGUUCCGGGAGCUACUGAAGGAAGCAUUCCGGGGCGAGUCUGCCGGACAUAAGCUCCCGCCCACAGUGUACCCCAGCUGCGAAACCGAUGACGAGAGCGACCACGAAGGAGAUGAUUAUGAGUCGACAAUCAGGAGCAAGGGGCCUGCUGCAUCUGAUUACUCGUCCGGUUAUUAUUCAUCCACCUACGAUUCCAUGCUUUCGUCUGACCUUUCGAGCCAAGAGGCUCAACGAAGGAAACCCCCAACAACCGGCGUUCAUGAGCUAUCAACAAUCGUGUCGGAAGAGGUCGGCAGCACGAUCAGCUCGGACGCACACUCUGAUGUUUCUCACACUACCGUCACCCAGACGACGGCGUUCACAAAGUCAACCGAUAUUUCGAGGCAGAAGAGCCAGAAGUCAGGCCUCAAGCGCCGUCUCACAAAACACUCGGACUUUGUGUCGGUUCUUUCAUUGCCGGAUAACGGCCAACUGGUCGCGCCCAGGCGUUCCAAGAGCAUCAAAUCGUCACAUAGCCUUCACCGUAGGCCGAGUAGAGCGAACAAGAGCAGAACCGAUGAACUGCUGGAUGAAUUUGCGGAUGAUGAGCAUUUCUACGGAAGAGAGCUGAAAGCUCUGGUUGACGGUGUGGUCCCAGUGCUGCUAAGAGAUGUCAUGAACGGUGGUGUUGGCGAAGCGAAGGCGGAUGCCACGGUCAAGUCGGUGGUUGGUAUGGGCAUGGCGCUUGAGAAGUUGAGGAACUUCCACAAACAAGUGCCCCUCGAUGACAUCUCGGAGUUGCUCUUCUGGCUCGAGGAUGUCUCGCCAGUUUACGAUAGCUACCUGGACGUCUGGAGGCUUGGCUUCCAGGGGCUGAUCAUCAACCUUGCGCCAAGAAACGGCAUGUUUGAUGAUGAGGACUCACUCCUGAACGCGCUUCCUCUGAAUGAGGAUGGCGAUGUCGUUGGGGAAAAUGGGGAGCGGGUUGAUGUUGCGUUCCUUCUGAAGCGGCCGUUAAUCAGGGUCAAGUGGAUGGUCAAGUUCCUCAAGGCUGCCGUGGCAAUUACUGAAACCCGUGACGCUGAGCGGCUGUUGUCAGUCUUUACGGCCCUCCAGGAGAAGGCUCGCAAGCGGCACCGAGAGGAGACCGCUCGCAUGAUGGACGAGGACGCGAACAACACAGACACCUCACGGUGUCGCGAUCUUCGAAAUCUGCUGUCUCUUGACGGCAUAAUCAUGAACCGAACGCGCCAAGUCGCCGCGCUAGACGUCUUCUCCCUUGACUUGGAGCAUUCAAGCGGCCAGCGGCUAGGUUGCCAAGUUGAGAUGAUCUUUAGGGAUAGCCCGGCGCUUCCCGAAGACAAGGGCGACAUUCUCAUUAGGGAACUUGGCAACAAUACCCGCUCAUGGCUACUAUUCCCACCGGUCCCCAGACAAUACAUUUCCGCCCGACUGGGCGACGAUGACGACUCCCUAAUCGUCAUGAUACGCGGCAGCCAUAACGGGAACGAUUGGUAUGAGCUUCUGAAGAUCUCAACAAAUAGUGAGGAGCAGAUCGAUUACUGGCUCCGCGUUCUGGGAAGCCAUCCCAUGCCGCCUCUAACCCGAAGCAGGCCAGCCAGCAUGGUGCUGGGAUCAACAUCGCCGAAGACAGGCGCAACAGAUGUUCCCGUCGGCGAGCGUAAAGUAAGCGUGUCAAGCUUAGGGUCGUCCGACACGGAGAGACCUACGACGCCAUCCCGGCACCGCAGAGGACAGCAUGGCGGUUCUGCGCCGCCGGCUGCAACCGGUUAUGCUUACCCUGACAUGGCCGCUAAGGAGAACUACACUCUAGACCGCCCAGAGCAAAGCACAAGGCGGUCUUCCUGGGACCACUCUUCGGCAGAUGUGCCGAAGAUCGUGAAAGCACCUCCCAACACAACACCAUACCGGGAGGAUGGGGCUCCUCCCCCACCCAUCCACCGCAAUCUCAGCUCAAAGAGCACCGGUCUGCUCGCUCCUCCUGUAGAGUCCCGCCGACGGACUCGUCUGAAGCGCCGGAUGUCCUCCCCGUUGAAACAUGAAUACACUCCUUCGGAUGUGUCAUCUGACAGCUCUUGCACUGCGAGCGACGACGAAUCCGACUCGUCAGAAACAUCCGGCGGCGACGACCUCGACGAGGAUGAAGUGCCCGAUACCAUCCCCGGAUACAGCAUCAAGGAACCCGAGGUGGCUCCAGCUGCAUCGGUUAUUUCAGACAACAGUGUCACACCCUCUCACUCGGCGUCCCAAAUGGAGCUCGCGGUCGGAAAUGAUUCGCGACCGGAGAGGCCGGUGACAAAGUAUGUCGGGACCGUUUCGUACUGGUCUGCCCGGAAGGGCAUCUGGAAAGACGUCAAUGACGGCCAGCCGGCUUCCAUCGUUAUCCACCCGGGGUGUAUGGAGGUGCAUCCCCUUAGCGAACAACACUCCAACCGACAAGCAUACCCCCUGCAAUCGUCGGGCACAUCCGAAGUAGACAACAGCAACAAGGAUGCUGGAACUAUCGUACCGCUUAUUACCCUAAUCUUGACUCCGGUGGUUAUGAUCCGCCGCAGCACAGCGCUCGACCUCGAGGUCCGCAGCCCAGCGUCCCCCGAGGCACGGCUGAAGAUUGAAGCCAGCAUGUUCCGUUUCCGUACUGUCAACCAGGCCGAUGCCAGAGACCUCUACGAGUCUGUCCACAACAGCCGCCUGAACAAUGCUCGAUACAUCCAGCUCAGCGAAGAGGCUCGCUUCCAAUCAUUCGGGCAGAUGCAACCCGUACCCGGCGACGGCAGCGCGGGCGAUGAAGGCUCCAGCCAACGACGCAGCUGGUUCGGCCGCAAGAACAGCUACCGCGCAUCCACCCGCGCACCCAGCGUCUCCCAGGGCAGCAUUUCGACGACUAUUUCCGCCACUAGCUUCCUCCGACGCCUCAUGGGCGGCGGAAACAACAAUUCCUACAACAUCGACGAAUCCACGCUUGACAAGCCACGGCCUCACUCAGCAGCGGCAGCGUCAGGGGGUGGCAGCCUCUACACCUCAGGAUCCGGCUCCGGGGGAUCCGGGUCGGGCUCCAUCACCCCUCCCCGCAGCGCAUCCAUCUCGCUCUCCAACUCGGGCAGCCAAAGCCGUUGGAGCUCCGGCUUCGCCAAGCCCUUCUCGCCGGACCAGCCGCUCGAGAUCCGCUGCCACCUCAACGUGCAAAACAACCGUUGGCUCGACAAGGGCGACUGCGUCCUACACAUCAGCCGCCCGCCACCGGGGGUGCGUCAAGAGCUGCCCCUGUACAACGGCCUCGAGAAGCGUGUCAUUGUCACGCACGCGACCAAGAAGAACGCGGACCGGCCGCUCAUCCUGUUGGAUGCCGUCCUGGGCUCCAAAUGCUUCAGCUUGCUGGGUAGCAAGGGUGUCAUGUGCAGCGUGUGGGAGAACCUGAGGGAUGAGGAGGGCAAUGUUGGGGUGGCCCCGAGGAAUGGGGCGAUCGCUGGUAAGGUUACCAAGUGGUGCUUCCAGUGUAAGAGUAUGCAGCAGGCCGGGUGGAUCAUGCAGUUGUUGACUACCGAGGUGCCGGGGCUGAUGAUGGGUUGA